AGGUUAAUGGCCUUAAUCUUGUUCCAUAUCCUCCAACUAAUAUCAAUCCCUUCAUCUUGAUGGUAAAAUGCCUGUGUCUUUGCAAUAAAAGAUAUAAAAAAAACCAAGUAAACUAUUCUUAAGACUCGAUUAUAUCAAGAUCUAACUCGUUUAAAAUGCCAGAUGAUAGAGGUUUGAAAACUCAGACCGAAUAUAACGAAGGAUACCUUCUUUUUAUAUUAAAAAACACUUAAUGAAUUGCAACUCCAGAAACAAUCAGAGUUGGAACUUAGAACUUAGAACUGCUCCUUCUGGUAAGAUUCAAAGAAGUGAUAUAAACUUUGAACACCUUGUUAAUCAUGCCUUGAUGGUAGAGUUGAAUGUAUACAACUGCAUUUUAGGAUGGAUAUGAGCUCAUCAGAGCCUCAGAAGUGUCUUCAACUGGUCUUUUCUGGCUUCAAUUGAUUCGGCUUCUCCAAAGACAUCUCUUUGAUCUGUGGUGUCUUUCUUCAGGUACUAACUAGAAGCAGAAACACCAAAAAGAUAGGUUGUCUCCUGUUCUGUUUGCUACAUUGAACGACUAACCAGGAAUUGGGAGCUCAACUGAUGAAUUACCAACCUCAGCCGGUUUUGUUUCUGAUAUUAAGUUUUCCUAGUUUCUUAUUUCUUUAAUCUUUACAAAAAGGUGGCCUAUUUUUUUUGUUUUUAAACCACUUCUUUGCUAGAACUUGCCAAUUUUAAGCAAAGAUUGUUAUUUCAGUUGAUUCUAGUUACUUUUAGGCCAAUGAAAAUGACAGUUGUAUGAAUGCUGGUUUAUUAUA